AUGGCCGAGUACUCGGUCUACCCCAGGGGAACCGGCCAAUCCUUUUUUCCACGACACAAUCAGAACACACGAAACCUUCCCACUCGCGCGCGAUCCCCCACAACUAGCGCCCGCAUCCCUUUCAAUAACCCCGAUACCCCUUCGCCAGCUCGAUCUCCUGGGCGCCAAUCGUCUCCGCAGCAAUUCGGUAUGUUCAACCAGGGCCAUGGGCACCAGGGCCACAACGUUAUGAUGAACGGGCGGACAGGGCAGCAAAACUAUGCUGCCAUGCAAAUGGGCCUUGGCAAGCCCUUUCAGCACAAUCAGCACCACCAGCAUCAGCAUCAACAUCACCAGCAACAUCAAGAUCUUACUGGGAACAGCCAUGUUGGACAAUACAAUCACCAGCACAACAUCUCGAGCGGGGGCAUGUCCAAUGUUCAGCCCCACUUCACCCCCGGUCACCUCCACAAUGGUACCCCGAACAGCGUUCACAGCGGUCUCAGCAAGCCACAAACUGAGCACUGGCAAGAGCAAUUGAAGCUGCACCAAACAGCGCGUGAAAUGACACAGGCCCACUCGCAUGCCAGGAUCCACCCGAGUGUCAGCAAGAGCGUCGUAGCUGGAACAACCAAUGGGAUGCAGAAAGAGGCGGAUAAGGAGGAGCGCAAUAGACCUGCUGCUCAGCGAGCAGAGGACGCAAAAGACCAGCAUAUAUGGACCAUCCUCGACUUUGGGGGCCAGAACCUCAAAGUUAUCACCCCCGCGCUAUUCGCCUACACCUUUCUGACCAAGCUCUACCUCAAUUCGAACAAGCUUACUUAUGUUCACCAAAAGAUUGGACAAUUACGGAACCUUACACACCUCGACCUGUCACUCAACAACCUGCAAUACCUACCCCCAGAGAUUGGCAUGCUUGUAAAUUUGAAGCAGCUGUUGCUAUUCGACAACCACAUCGAGAAUUUGCCGUAUGAAUUGGGAUCUUUGUAUCAAUUGGAGAUGCUUGGUAUUGAGGGCAACCCAAUUCCGGAUGAUCUGAAGCAGAUUAUCAUGGAGCAGGGUACCGGGGAACUCAUCAAGCACUUCCGCGAAAAUGCACCCGGACCAGAGGCACCACCCGAGCGAGACUGGAUUGUCCUCGACGAGAUCCAGGAUACCUCUCAAGAAACUGUGAGUGCGCUGAGCUACAAUAUUCUGUGCGACAAGUACUGCACGCAAUCACAAUACGGUUACACGCCCAGUUCGGCGCUUGCAUGGGAAAGCCGCAGGGAACUCAUCUUGGCCGAACUGCGAGAGCGCGAUGCGGACAUUGUAUGCUUGCAGGAGAUUGACCAGGAGAGCUUCAAUGAAUUUUUCCGAGCAGCGCUUGCGCAUAAUGACUAUAAGGGAGUCUUUUGGCCAAAGUCCAGAGCACGCACUAUGGCCGAGAGGGAAGCUAAGCUUGUUGAUGGCUGUGCCAUCUUCUACAAGAAUAGCAAAUACAUCCUGCUUGACAAGCAACUGAUCGAUUUCGCCAACACGGCCAUCAACAGACCAGACAUGAAGGGUGAGCACGACAUUUUCAACCGUGUCAUGCCACGAGACGACAUUGGAGUGCUCGCAUUCCUCGAAAAUCGUGCUACUGGUUCAAGAUUCAUUGUUGGAAAUGUACACGUGUUCUGGAACCCUGCAUUCCAAGACGUCAAGCUCGUGCAAGUUGCCAUUUUGAUGGAGGGAAUCACCAAGUUCGCGACACAAUGGACGAAGCACCCACCUUGCACAAACAAGGUGGUGUACCAGUUUACCAAUGGUGACAAUGACGAAGCGGAGCCAGAUCCGACCCAAGAGCCAGGACCAUCCAAGGUGUAUACCGACCCCGCCGACAUCCCAGUAUUGCUGUGUGGUGACUUCAAUUCACUGCCAUCUUCUGGUGUCUACGACCUCAUUACCAAUGGCAACAUUUCGAAUGUGCACGCUGAUUUGGGAAGCCGGAAGUAUGGUAACUUCACACGAGACGGAAUAUCCCAUCCCUUCAGCCUCAAGUCUAGCUACGCAUCCAUUGGCGAGCUGGCGUUUACAAACUAUGUUCCACACUUCCAAGGAGUAUUGGAUUACAUUUGGUACUCGACCAACACCCUGCAAGUGGUUGGCCUGCUUGGCGACAUCGACAAGGGCUACCUUCAGCGGGUGCCAGGCUUCCCGAACUACCACUUUCCCAGUGACCACGUGGCUCUGUACGCACAAUACAUUGUCAAGAGCCGGAAAGAGGCAAAGAAGGUGUCUGAAGUUGACUUUGGGCCGAGUCGAGAUCGGAGGAAUUGA